ACACAGGAAGUUCAAUGGAGGAUGUAAUCGAUUAAUAUAAUCCGUAGUGUUUUAAUUUAAAAAUACCAGGGACAAAAGACCUAACUACUAGUAACUACCAUUCUUUAAAGACAAAAAUAAUAGCAAUGCAAGACCUCGAGGAUACUGAAAGGCUCUAUUAGCCUACACUUUUAAGCUAACAGAAGCUUUUUAAAAGAAACUAAUGAGCUCAUGAUUCAUUAGAGGAGCAAUCAAAUUAGAGUAAAAGCAUCAUGAGCUUUGUCAAGAAAAUGCUUGGCCAGCGGGCCAUUAGUGAUUCAUCUCAGUCUUCCCAGGACAGCAACUUAGGUCUUAUGCAUUUGCGGAAACUUUUUACAGAGUUUAGACACCCGCAAUUAAAACCUUCCCAGAAGAAUCAGGAAGAGAAGUUGUACAGUAUGCUUCCUCUUUUCAUUAAGGUUUUUGAGAACACUCAGUCCAGUGAAAUGACAGAUAAAUGGAGUGAUAUUCUUCAGUUCUGCAGUCAUGUGUCUAAAUUAAUGGUGACAGAGAUAAGGAGAAGAGCAUCAAAUCAAUCUACUGAGGCAGCAAGCUGUGCUAUUGUUCAACUGCUUGAAAUGGAAUCACAAGUAGAAAAUGAAAACGGUUGGAUGCUGCUAACAGCCAUCAAUCUUCUAUCGCUGGGUGGCAAUACACUUAUUGACUGUAUGACUGCUGCCUCACUGCCAUCUACUCUUGUAAAGUGUUUGUACCUAUUCUUUGACCUACCACCAAUAGAAAAUGAUGAUAAGUUGCUGCCUGGUUGCCAGUUUACUCCUAAAGAAAAAAGAAUAUUAUUGCAGAAGAUAUUUGUUCAGGUUUUGGUCAGAUUGUGUAAUCACACAUCACCUGCAGAAGAACUUGCCAGGAAAGAUGAUUUGAGUCUUUUAUUCAGUGCUAUAACUAGCUGGUGCCCAAAACAUAAUAUAAUGUGGAGACAAAGUGCCGGAGAAGUACUGGUAACUUUGUCACGUCAUGGGCUUACACCACACGUGGUCAACUACAUUCAUGAAAAAGGAUGUGUUCGGCAUUGUAUUGAAAAUAUGCAACGGGCACAAGACCUGUCUCCACUAGAACUAGUAGAAAUGUUUGUUACAGUAUUUUGUUUCUUAAAAGACUCAAGUGAAGUAUCUCAGUUACUACUGGAUGAUUUUCGUUCUUGCCAAGGCUAUGUUUUUCUUUCAGAGUUUUUAUUGAAGCUAGAGCUGGAUUUGGCUGAAGAAUCUAUUCAAGCAUUAAGAAAUUUAGUUCUCCUAGUGGGCUCUCUUACCACCUGUGGGUUUUCAGAAAUGAAACCAAGUUACAGCAACACAGGUUCUUUAUUUCAAAUGCCAGGGUUCAUCAUUCCAAGUCCUUCUGGAAAAGGUGUUAGUGUUAGAAACUUACAAGCUUUUCAGGUGUUGCAAUCAGUCUUUCUGAAAUCUAGUACAAGUCACCUUUGCAGUACUAUUCUUGAUGUCAUCAGCAGCAUAUAUCAUCAAGACAAUGCUAAUUACUUCAUUCUAGAAACACAGCACACUCUAUCUCAAUUUGCUGAAAAGAUUUAUCUUAAACCUGAAGAUAUUCAGAUCAAAUUUUUUGAGAUGUUGGAGUUUCUAGUCUUCAAUCUUAACUUUGUGCCAUGUAAAGAACUGAUUAGUGUCAGUAUACUCAUUAAAUCUCAACAUUCCAUCGAAUGCAGUAUUUUGUGUAUGAAAUCCAUGCUGCGAAUUCUGCGGUAUCACAGUGUUUACAGGGAUGUUUUCAGAGAAGUUGGGAUGUUGGAAGUAAUGGUAACUUGUCUCCAUAGAUAUGCUGCUCUUUUAAAAGAACAGAGCAGCAGCACAGAAUCAGUUCCAAUUGAAGAAGAACAGCAAGAACUUGGUUUACUGGUAAUGGAAGCUUUAUCAGUUCUGCUGUCUGGUAAUGGUGCUAAUGCAGGUGUAUUUAGGGAAUGUGGAGGUGCUCGCUGUGCCCAUAAUAUGGUACCAUUUCCAGAGUGUAGACAACAGUCUCUGCACAUUGUUCAACAGCUGGUUUUGUCACCUGGAGGUGACGAUGACAUGGGCACACUGUUAGGACUUAUGCCCACUGCAUCUGUCACUGAUUUGGAACUAAAAACUCACAUACUGAAAUCCUUACUUAAUGUGCUUCGGGAAAGCCACCGCACCAGAACAGUGUUUAGAAAAGUUGGAGGUUUUGUGUACGUCAUGUCCGUAUUAGUUUCUAUGGAAGGAUGUUUGUCAGACCCUCCUAAAGCCCCAUGGGAUUCAGUUGAGAAAAAAGAGGUUUUAGUAAUGCUGAAAACAGUGUUCAGCACCUUGACUGUUGCCAUGAGAUAUGAACCAGCCAACGCUAAAUUUUUUGCUACAGAGGUACGUUAUGAUAGCUUGACCGAAGCCGUGAGACUGUUGGGCUGUUUUUCAAACACAGUUGACAUUCCCACUGCUUCAGAUGGAGUUGUUCUUUCUGAUUUGCUGGAGUGUUUUGGAGCAGUUUUUAUCCACAGUAAGGAGGAAAAGGCCCCUGCAUCAAUUCCAAAGAUUUUGUUGUCUGCAUGCAUUAUUCUGAGAUAUUUAUACGACAUGGCUUUGGAUGCUUUUGACAAGCCAAAUCAGAUUAAACCAGCAGAUUCACCCUGUUUAAAAAAACACACAUCUGUGAUUGAGGAGAGCCAAGCAUCACCACAAGCACAUUCCUCUAAUAUGCGACCAAAAAGUGGAAGUACUGGCAGUCUGUUAAUCAACUUCAGCAGUGGAGGAUCCGAUUCCAUCAUUAUUCAUUCUGGGGCAAUUUUAUCCAUAUUUCACUUGUUACCUGCAAUUGAAGUUGAGGAUUACCUUCAGGCUUCCUGGGAUCUUAAGAUAUUCAUUGCUGAUCUGUUAAAAUCUCUUGUGAGAAAUGAAAGGAAUCAACAAAUUAUGUGUGAUGCUAGAUUUCCACAUGAAUUGCUUAGCCAUGGUAGUGCUGCACUAGCAGAUGAAUCUCAUCCACUUCACACAUACAUGCAGUACAUGUUUGAGAGGCUUGCAUCCCAAUCUUUGACCUCUAGGGAUUUAAGGGAUUUUCUUCGUCUUGGCUCUCCACUGAGCUGUCGAUCUGUUGAAGAAGAAGACAUUGAAGACCAGUCUUUAGCCAUUACUGACCCAGAUGGUAUGUCCUCAUCUUUGGAUUUGGAAGAAAAACCAGCAACAGUGGAAACAGAAAAGAAGCUAAACUCAGCAGGUGGUACAGUUCCUCUUACACGAGUCAAGUGUUUAGUCUCAAUGACAACUCCUCGUGAUAGUCGAAUGCAUGGAUCAUCAGUUACUCCAGCUUUUGUUGAAUUUGACAUGAGUGCAGAGGGCUUUUCUUGUUUAUAUUUGCCCAGUAUAGCACCUCAAGGCCCACCAACCCCAUCAGUAGUGGGUGGUGUUGUUGGAACCUCAGAGCCUGUUGUAAUUGGUGGAAUAGGAACAGGAGAACGUGUGUUCCCACCACAAUCUGGUUUGACAUACUCCACUUGGUUUUGUGUAGACAAAUUCAGUACAUUUGGUCUAGAUGCCCAUCCUGUGAGACUACUGACUAUAGUUCGCAACCUGCAGGGGCGCGAGGAAAAUCUCAUUUGCUUAAGUGUUUCCAUCAUGUCAAAAGACAGGGCCCUGAUUGUUACAACCCAGGAGAACUACAUGCCAAAUGCUGGUGAGGACCUAUAUGUUCCUUCUACAGGGAAUGGCUGUGAAAUAGAACAAGAGCCCCCUCUAAAUGACAACACUGUGCGCUUCUGGUGUCCUGAGCUAACCCAGGAAGGCCAGUGGCAUCACCUGGUUUUGGUGCUCCACAGAGCUGGCAUCAUGAAAAACAGUAACAUCAGCCUUUUUGUUGAUGGAGAGUUGAUGUCCCCUCAAAAGCUUCACUACAUAUCUCCCAAUCUUGGUGGUGGAGGCACUGCCAGUCCAACUGCCUUUACAUCAGUAUUUGCCUAUAUUGGAACACCACCACAGCUACGCAGACAGUCACGUUUACUGUGGAGGCAAGGACCAUGUUUUAUGCUUGAAGAUAUAGUUACAGCCUCCAUUGUCAAAAAUUUGUACCAGCUUGGACCUACUUAUGUUGGAAGUUUGCAAGCUCCUAUUGCAGAGGAUGGAGAAGUGAGUGCACCAUACAUUGGGGAAGAGAGAGUCAUGUUUGGGGUAUUUGCACAUGCCAUGUCACAGAUGACCAUUGCAAAGAUUAGGAAAGUCUACAACAAAGUGGACAGCAAGUCCAUUGCUAAACAGUUAGCAAUGUCAGCACAUGAAAAUGCCACCCCCAUUAGAAUAAUCCACAACUCAGCUGCUCAUUUGGCAGGCUCAGCCAGAAGUCUUGGUGCUGUUCUGAUGGGUUACCUAGGUGUCCGUACCUUCUGCCCACAGCCUGUAGCACGGAUGCUGGAUAAUGUUGGAGGCACUUCUGUGUUGCUUGGACUUAUUGCUAUGGCUAAAGAUGUGGAAAGUUUGUAUGCUGCUGUAAAGGCACUGGUAUGUGUUGUAAGGAGCAAUAACUCAUCAAAGUGGGAUAUGGACAGAAUUCAUGGAUAUCAGCUGCUUGCCAUGCUCUACAAGAAAAAGCGCAAUCUUCUUAACAGUCAUAUCCUUCACUUGACAUUCUCUCUUGUUGGUACCUUGGAUAGCGGGAGAGAAUCUUCAACCAUUCCAAACAUCUCUGCAUUCCAAGAUCUCCUUUGUGAUUUAGAGAUCUGGCAUGAAGCUCCUGGUGAUUUGCAGCGCUCAUUGUAUGAGCACUUCUAUGAGCUCCUUACUGAUUCCAGUGAAUUAAAGACCAAUCAAAGUAUUAUGAAAAGCAUGGACCUGACCACAAAACUGCUCCACAUUUUAAAAGAUCCAAGACUACCCAUACCCACAGUCCAGUCAGUGGGAAAUGUGCUGGGAGAGAUUUUGGCUGGGCCAUCAGACCAUUCUGGUUUACUGAGAUUUGGCCAGCAUUUAGUUUCAACAUUUCCAGUAGCAUCAUUUAGUGAGAAAAAUGUGGAUAUACAGAACCAAAAAAUGGAUGGAACUACAGAAUCAGAACAGUCAAAUGGAUUAACUGAUUGUAGCCUUCCCCAGAUGGUACACAAUAUCAACAUGCGCAACAUCCUGCUGGAUGUUAUUCUAAAGUUGGUCAAACCACAAAAUAACUGUGCUGGGGUUAAUUUGCAGACAUGUGAUGACAUUGCAAAACGUUUGGGCUAUGACUGGCUGCUUCUGUUCAUGCAAAGCCAUAUUCACUCAAGCUCUGUGGUGUUGGCUUUAAGAAUUCUGCUGGUCAUGUUUCGCAACAAUGACAAUGUGAAGAGAUUUCGAGAAGGGAGUUACGGAGGAGGAUGGAUGGGAGGAACUGAGCUGGUUUUGAAAAAUCAAAUGUCUGUGAUGUUAGGCUUCAAUGUUGGUGCUCACACACGCAAUGAGAAUGAAAUAAACCAUGAAGUGUGUCAUGUGCCAGGAUUCCAGGCACUCCAGUGGCUGCUGUCUAAGCACAAUGAUGUUCCUGAUGUGUACUAUCUUUUAAUGGCUUUACUGCUGGGGCAACAGAACAGGUCUCUCAUGAUGAAUGGACAGCCACUAAACGUAGAUGCUGUUUGGACUGUGAUAUUUGGAGUGUCAUCAAGUAAACCAAUGCAUAUUUUGUCUAGAGAGGCAAUAGACUUGUGUCCAGAUGCUGCUCUGGUGCUUUUGGCAAUGAUCAGAUGCAUGAUCAAUGAGAUGGAUUCUUCAAGCCUACCUUCCAGCAUAGAGAAUGAUUACCCAGUGACAGUGAUCCAGUUCCUGAUGUUUUUGUACCACAACUUAUCUGAGUUCCAGUCUGUAUGCUCCUCCUCUGACUUUGUCACAGCUUUGGUGGCCACUCUGUUUCCUACCUCCAUAGGGGACAUUGACAGUGAUGUCACCACACCUAAUGAAGAGUUCAAGCCAUUCCCUGAAUCUGACUCCUUAGUGGUUGUCAAGCUUCCUAACAAAGAAUGUUCAGGCUUCCUUACUGGCCACCCUGUUCGCAGGCUCAUUAUUGACUUUAUCCGUACCAUAGUCAUUGACAGCUUGUCUCAAAUGCCAAGUGGAAAAUCUGCCUCUGUCCUUGAUCUUGUGUUGGAUGCUACUCCAGAACAUGCCAGUCGAGCCCAGCAGAAAGAAUUUCAAACUGAAAUGCUAAAAAUUUUGAUGGAUCACCUGCUUGCUGCAGACAUUCUGUUAGGUGACCAAGCAGCACUGCCUUUGAUGUCUGGGAGCAGCUACAGCCACAUGGCUACAAAUGUCUUUUACUUUGCUAGUCGUGUUGUUGACAAGAUGUGGCAUGGUGUAUUUACAAGAGAACCACAGGAUGUGUUUGAUUUCUUAAGCAAACUGAUUUCUCAAGCAAAGAGAAAAUCUACAGGCAUCUCAUUAGAUCCAAUCUACAAAUGCUUGAAUCGGACCAUUCUGUUCCAGUUGUCCCGACCCAUAGAUUCUCUAGCAAGCCAAGCAAGUGUUCUUGAUGCACUCCACUUACUCACAAAUAAUAGAAAUUUGAUCUUUGGUCCUGGUAACCACGACAAUGAGUUUUUAGGAUGCCUAUGCUAUUGCUUGCUUCAGUUGACAGAGGAUCCUGAAUCAAGUGGUGCUAACUUGAGUGAAACCAAGCCAAGGACCACAACCUGGCAUGUCAAUCCAGAAAUGACCCAAGGAAUAGACAUCUUAGGCACUCAGAGUGAGGGACUAGAUAGCAAAUCUGGCACAUUCAACCCUGAUCUCAAGCAGGGUAUGCAUCUGGUUUCUUCUGCUGCUAAAAGAGUGUGGGAUGAGCUCUACGUUUUCAAGAAACCGGCUUUGGAAGAACUGUUUAGAACUCAGCUCAACAACAGUGCCCCUUCAAAAACCAUUGUGUCACCUGAUAUCAAUGCUGUCAGGUUGUUAAUCCAAGAGAGUGCAUCAAAGAUUUGGGUUAGUUAUGCUGAAAAUGAGCGUAAAUCCUCUUUCCUCCAGAUAGAAAAACUACAGAACCAAAUUCAGUCUAAACUUCAAAAAGUUGGAAGUGGAGUCAGCGGAGUUUUGCGUUUAGCAUCCAGGAAAAGUAAGAAGGAUUUGCCUUUGAAGUCAUCACCAAUUUCCAAUGUUCAUGUUAAUGACUUCCUUCAAGCCACCAUUAGCCAUGUGGUCCUUGUAAAAAAUGUUGUGCUAUUCCAGCAUGAGCAAUAUUUACAGACCCAAAAGCACUUUGAAAAAUAUUUACUGGAUGACUGGAAGCAAGUUGAGAAAGAGCUGCUCAGAGUUAGAAGUUUGUGGGGACCCCAGACUGGGUCAAAGCUUGACAAAAUGGUGCUGGACGUCACAGAAGGUCCAUUUAGAAUGCGCAAAAAGAUGAUGAAAAAUGAUGUGUUUUAUGUUCACUAUCCAUACAGACCAAAUCUGGAAGACAGUCCAUUGAAAUACAAGGUUGCUAUAAGCAAUGACAGCAAAAAGUAUUAUGAACAUUUUUGGCCUCAAGGUAUUUUGUGUAAGGAGGAAGUACCCAUUCAGAAAACAUCAGAUGUGGAUUUAAUGAAUAACUGCACAGACUACAGCAACAGCUCACCUGAUGAUGUGAACAGCCUUAAAAAGUUACUUCCAAAGGCAAAAGGUUUUAAAAGUGUUGGUGAUGAUGAUGACACAGAUGACUUGAACAAUCCUGAUCUGGAAAGGUUGGAGGAAACUGCUGAAAGAUCAGAGAACACAGUGGAGCAUUCAGAGAGUGAAGGUCAAGGUGACAGCCAGAAUGAUACCAGCUUGGAUGUUCCAUCUUCACCCACUACUAAAGCUGACAACCAAACCAUUCUCCACUUUAUUGGUGAAAAAGAAAGGAUCAGUCAUAUGUUCAGGUGUGCAAGGAUUCAAGGACUAGAUACUGCAGAGGGAUUGUUGUUGUUUGGCAAAGAACAUUUCUAUGUCAUAGAUGGCUUUACCCUUCUCAGAACCAAAGAAAUAAAAGAUAUAGACUCAUUGCCAUACGAAAUUCAUGAUCCAAUUAUUCCAAAAUCUACAAUGGGCACAGGAAGUUAUCUAAAGCGAAUGUACAGCAGAUUUGCCUAUGAUGACAUCAGAGAAGUCCAUAAGAGACGCUACCUGUUACAGCCCAUAGCUAUAGAGGUUUUCUCUGGUGAUGGCAGAAACCACCUGCUGGCAUUCCCUAGGAAAAUCAGAAAUAAAGUCAUGACCAAAUUUCUGUCUGUUGCCACAGCUAUGACGGAUAAUGCCCAGCACUCAGUGUCUGGCCAAAGACAAAAUGCUAAAGUUGAAACUGGAGGUGGAAUCAUCAGCAAUUUAAUUGGAGAGAAAUCAGUCACACAGAGAUGGGAAAAAGGAGAAAUAAGCAAUUUCCAGUACCUGAUGCAUUUAAACACAUUAGCAGGCAGAUCUUACAAUGACCUUAUGCAGUAUCCUGUUUUUCCUUGGAUUAUUGCUAACUAUGAUGCAGAGGAACUUGACCUGUCAAAAGCUUCAAACUUUCGUGACCUUUCUAAACCAAUGGGAGCUCAAACUCCUGUACGGCUGCAGCAGUUUCAGAAGAGAUACAAUGAAUGGGAUGAUCCUCAAGGUGAAACACCACCAUACCACUAUGGAACACACUACUCAUCUGCUAUGAUUGUUGCAUCUUAUCUUGUACGCAUGGAACCUUUCACUCAGCAUUUUCUCAAACUCCAGGGUGGACACUUUGAUUUGGCUGACAGAAUGUUUCACAGUGUCAAAGAAAACUGGUUAUCAGCAUCUAAAAAUAACAUGGCAGAUGUGAAAGAAUUGAUCCCAGAAUUUUUUUAUCUUCCAGAUUUUCUCCUAAACAAAAACAAUUUUGAUUUAGGAGUAAAACAAAAUGGAGUUUCUCUGGGUGAUGUUUUACUUCCUCCUUGGGCAAAAGGGGAUCCAAGAGAAUUCAUCAGAGUCCAUAGACAGGCUUUAGAGUGUGACUACGUCAGUGCACACCUCCAUGAGUGGAUUGACCUUAUAUUUGGAUACAAGCAAUGUGGCCAGCCUGCCGUGGAAGCUGUCAAUGUUUUCCAUCAUUUGUUCUAUGAAGGCAAUGUUGAUAUCUACAGCAUUGAUGACCCACUCAAGAAAAAUGCCACCAUUGGAUUCAUCAAUAAUUUUGGUCAGAUUCCAAAACAGUUGUUCAAGCGACCACAUCCACAAAAGAGAAAUAACAUUCCGAUCAACACCUUAUUCUUCCAUCAUGUUGACAACCUCAAACCAACAAUGCAACCAAUUAAAGAACUGAAGGGUGCAGUAGGACAGAUUCACCACCUGGACAAAUACCUGUUAGCUGUGGAACAAAAUAAAGUUCUCAUAUCACCUGGCCACACCCGCUACCUGGCGUGGGGCUUCUCUGAUCUCAGCAUUAGAAUUGGAUCCUAUGAAUCUGAGAAGACAAUUCUGGUGUUUGAAGGUCUGGACAAUGGAGAAAUUCUAUGUGCUUCUUGUCCCAAUGAUAAAAUUUUUAUUACUGGAGGAACCAGCUGUGUGGUCAAUGUGUGGGAGUAUUCCAACAAAGAACGUAAAGCCACACUGAAGCAGCCGCUGUACGGCCAUACAGAACCAGUGACCUGCCUGACAUCAUCAGCUGCCUACAGCUUGAUUGUGAGUGGCUCGCGUGACAAGACCUGCAUCCUGUGGGACCUGAGCAGGCUGGUGUAUGUGCACCAGCUGCGGGGACACGUUGCGCCUGUUGCUGCGGUGGCAAUCAAUGAACUCACAGGUGAUAUCGCAACUUGUGCCGGUACAUUUCUCCAUGUGUGGAAUGUCAAUGGGGAGGCUAUAGCCAGUGUCAACACAUCCACAGGCAGGAACCAGCAGAUCUUUUGUGUCUGUUUUUCACAGAUGAAUGAAUGGGACAUCCAAAAUGUUGUUUUAACCGGAAGCAGUGAUGGGGUAGUCAGGAUGUGGAGUGUCGAGUAUGUUCAAGUUCCAAAAGAACCCACCACGUUUGCUAAAGAUUCCACAGAUGGUUCAAAAGAUGAAUCUGUUUCCCCCAACUCAAGGGCCUCCAACAAAAAGUCUCGCCACAGCUCGUAUGAAGGUUACAUGGGUAGGAGAAAACUCUCAAGGCACGAGUCCUGUGAUAGCUACAGUGAUGGUAAACCUGCUGUUGACAUGCUCAAAGAUUUCAAAGACCCAGAUUUUCUUGCCACUAGAGACUGCGACUUGGGCUCGUCUGAGGAACAGGACAGUCCUUUUGCUAAACGGUUGAGGGAUGAGGACAGUGAUGCAUCAUGGGACAAGCGAAAAAGUGGGUUUGACUUUACUAUGAGUGCAACAAGUAGUUCCAGUGAACUUUACAAGGGGUCGGAGGAUGUGAGUGAUAGAGCGGAGACUGACAGCUCUUGUGUUAAACCUGGCUCCCAUUCAGUGGACACAGAUUCUGAUAUGGCUGACCAAGGCAGGAGGGAACUCAUGUCACAGACUUCUGGCUAUGAUGAGACUUGUAGUGAGGCUGGGUUAGAGGUUACAGAUCCCAAACCUUCAACAGCUUCUACAGAGGGGGACAAAGUUUUCAGCCACAGCGAGUCCUCUGAGGUGGAGACCAGUGAGACAAACGCCAAGAAAACCACAAACACUGCCAUAGAGGACAUGAAGAAAUACAAACCAAUUGGAAAACAUUCACUCAGAGAAGGUUUUUGCUGGCAGAGACAGCUUGUGUUCCGCAGUAAACUGACCAUGCACACAGCUUUUGAGAGAAAGGACAAUAAAGAACCAGCAGCGGUCACUGCUAUUGCACUGUCCAGAGAUCAUAAAACAGUGUAUGUGGGCGACAUCAAGGGGAGAAUCUGGAACUGGACCGUCACUAGCCAGCCUGGAAGAGUUGUUGCUGACCACUGGAUCAAGGAUGAUGGAGCUGAAUCAUGUCCAACUUGUGGGGUCAAGUUUUCAUUCUCUGAGAGAAAACAUCACUGUAGGAACUGUGGGAAUGUCUUUUGUUCCAAGUGCAGUUGCUUUGAGACAGAGAUCAAAAGGCUGAGGAUAUUAAAACCUGUGCGAGUGUGUCAGGCAUGCUACAACAUUGUCAAAGCCCAACAAGCCUCAAUGUUAUAACAUUGUCAAAGCCCAACAAGCCUCAAUGUUAUAACAUAGUCAAAGUCCAUCAAGCCUUGGUGUUAUAACAUUGUCAAUCAAGCCUCUGAAAAUAUCACAGCCCAAUAGACAACAGUAGACCAGUUUUGUAUCCUGUUUAGUCACUGUUUAGAGCUGCACCAGAUUGUUUUAACACACCCUUGUUAGAAGUAAAAAAAUGUUUGCUUGUGUGUGCUAGUUGAUGAUGAGAGCGUUUGCCUGUAGCUAUUGAUUUUAAACUGUUCUAUAAUUCCAGUUGAUUGCAGGCAGAGUCAGUGUUCGUUGAAAAAACAAUUUUUUUAAUGCUUUGAUAUUCAUCUAUAAAGUGUAUGUUCUCGCAUAUAUAUUUGAGAACAAGGUACUUCCCCUUGAAUCAACUCACAACGAUGUGUUUGUUAUAAAUGUGCCCCUAGUGGGAAGAAUUGAAAACAUGGACUGGUAUAGCUAUAUAUUGACCUGUAGCAAGAUUUAUAUUCUGAAUAUGUUCUACUUACAUGUAGCGAAAAAAAUGUUCUGGAUAUGUUCUACUUACAUGUAGCAAAAAAUGUUCUGGAUAUGUUCUACUUACAUGUAGCAAAAAAUGUUCUGAAUAUGUUCUACUUACAUGUAGCAAAGAAAUGUUCUGGGUGUUUUUACUUACAUGUAGAAAGUAAGUGUUCUGGAUCUGUUCUAUUUACAUGUAGCAAGAAUUGCUUGAGGAUAUUUGCAGGUAAAAAUUAAGUCUUUCUAAAAGAGUAGGUAGCAAUUCUAAUGAAUUGUUCUUUCUAGUCAUUUUUAAUCAAAUCUUUAUUUACAUUCCCUGUAUCACUAACUCAGUAUUAAUAUCCUAAACUUAUGUUUGUAUUUUAUCCCUUUUUAAUAUAACUAACCCUUGAUUAAAACUGAGAAAUGUAACAUAUAUAUUUUAGUUUGUCUAUAUAACACACUUUAUUAGUCAGAACGUGUGUAUUAAUCAAAAUUUAUAAAGGUGACUUACCCACUGAGGAUGGAAGGUUUUCUUAUUUUUUAUAUUUAUUUUCUUAUUCUUUAUAUUUAGUUUUUGUAAUUGUUUUUGUUACCUUAAAUCCUGAUAUAGAAUUAAAAGACAGGAAUUUCUUUUAUGAGAUCGUUAAUUUCCAUGAUAAUUUUGUCUUUGUAAGUUAUAACAAUUUAUUUUAUGUUCGUUUUUCAUAAUCCUUGUAAAAUAUAUUCUCUCAUAAUAUUGUGUUUUCUCAUAAUAUGAAGAUUUUUAUGUCAAGUAGAGUUUGACAAAUGUAAUCAAUAAUUCCCUCUUUGGUAAGGUUAACUUUUAGUGAGAUUAAAUAUUUAUUGAUAUUUAGAGAAAAAUCUCAUUGCAAGGUGUGUUUAGGAAAUGUUAUUAAUGUGUGUAUAUAUGUUCAUAUUUUAAUAUAUUAUUUGUAUUAAUUUUGUGCAUAAUUAUAUUGUUAAAUUAUUGACAUGGCUUAUUUAUUAUAUAUUUUUUAAAUUAUCCAACAAAAUCAACAGCUUCAAAUUUCUCAUUCCUAAAUUUUAAAAAUCUUCUGAUUGUUUUUAGGGGUGCUGGGUAGCCAUAAUGAUCAUUGCUUGAACAUUAUGGCCACAAUAAAUACAAUAAUUAUAUUAAAGUACAAAAUUAAUUUAGCUGAUGAAUUGUCAAGAAAAUAAUAUUUUAAGGUACUUCAGUUAUCAAAAUAUAUAGUCCCCAAACAUCCCACUAAAUUAGACAUUUGUUGUUUUUGAAUGAUGGUAUUUUUAUGUCAUUACUUGAAUGUAUUCAAUGAGAAUCCACAUAAAAUAUGGCCUGCACUGUGGGCUUACAUCUGAUUGACAAUGUUGAAUGCAGGUACAGAAAAGUGUCAGCUGUUUGAUGGUGAUAGGAUACACAACCCUUUAACACGAAUUUUGUGUUAAGAAAUAACGGAUCAGUGGACUGUGCAGUUGUUCCAUAAUAAAAAUGUUUAAAUGUUAGUUAGGCCAAUGCCUGCUCAUGCAGGUGAAACAUCAAGUUUGUAUUUAGUACUUUAUAGUUUUAUACAUUAAUAUCUAUAUUCAAUGUCAGUAUUAUUUUCUCAGUUGUUUGUUCAUAAAAAACCACUUUGUCUAGAGGUUUACAAAUACUGACAUUCUGUGCAUAGCUUUAGUGGUAAAUCAAUUGUAAUGUUGUAUUCUGCUUCAAAUGUCAGGUUAUGUUAACUUGUGUAGAUCCCAUAAUUAAAUUUGAACUCAUCAAUUCAAGCUUGCCUGCCGAACUCAUUAGCAAUCAGUGUACAAUCUUCACCUCGUUGAGAAAUCAAUUUUUACUUACUGAAGAAAAAUGUAUACAUCAAUAUAAUUAUUUUGGAAAAACACUUAGAAAUAAUUUUUUUUGUCCUAAUUUUUUUUCUCCCUAUAUUUGUGUGAUAAAUGAGUGAUUAGUGAUUUGGUUUUAUAUUUGUUUAUUUGAUAAAAUAUUCAGAAAUUAUUUCUUAAAAUUUCAGAUUUUUAAUUUCUUAAGACAAGAGUUAAUAGGAAGAGACUUUAAAUGUUUUGCAUUCCAUUUUUAGAUUUAAUUCAUUUAAAAACAUUUUCAAAGUAUGGCCUAAUUGUUUGAUCUAUUUUUUUUUGUUUUUUCCUUAAUCCCGUAUAUGCCAUAUCUGUACAUUCCACCCACAUUUUACACUUGCUUCAAAUAUAUUUCGCGCUAACAAUUCAAGGAAAUAUAUUAAAAAUGGACUCAAUCUGUUGCCAACUAUUUUAAAAUGUCUUAAAUUAUUCGUCUACCCAAUUUAAAAGUAAUUGUAAAUUAUUUAAUUUGGCUUAUUAAAUAGUAAAUAGUGAACUGCUUCUAAAGUAUAAGCAUGCAAUAAAUUAAACUCUCUUGUCCAAAAAUUGAGCUACAAUGAACUGCACCAAGUGUCUUUUCAUCUUAUACCAGACUUGAAAUGUGUUAAUUUUCACUCUCCAGAAACAAUUUAACUGUCAGUCUCUUAUUUUAUUUUUAUUAUAUUUUUUCUACACAUUUUUUUUUCUUGUGAAUGUUUCUGUGAUCUGUGCCAAUAGUUCCCAUGAACAUCUUCCUAUCCCACGCUGGAUCUACCAAUAUUCAGUAGCACAAUCAUUACUUCAGACAUCCAGUAGCACAAUCAUUACUUCAGACAUCCAGUAGCACAAUCAUUACUUCAGACAUCCAGUAGCACAAUCAUUACUUCAGACAUCCAGCUUGACCAGUGAUUGAAUCCAUGUUUUUGUUUUCUGAUGUUUUUGUUUAUUCAAUCCACGGAUUUUACAGGUUUUCCAUUUUUGCUCUACACUGAUGAUGAUGAUGAUAAUUUUCUUUGCUUGUCUUGUCAACUUUGAAACAGCUGAUUACACAGUGUAUUCAACAUUGGUUAUUUCCCUUACUCUGCCACCCCAAGUUAGUGUGGCUGCAGUUUAGAUUGGCUUCAGUUUUUAUAUCAUCAGAGAAAUAACCCUCAGCUCAUUCUGCUAUUGACACAAGAGUUAACAGGGUAUUCAGAAAAUAUGUUUUAUAACUUAGGUUUCUCUUUGUUUUAAACAAAAUACUUCUCUUGGUUGAUAAAAUGAUAUGAGAAUUUUCUUUUUGUCUUUUAAAAAAAUAAUUUUUUAAAGUGUGUUGGCUCUUUUAGUUUUAGCUAGAUGUGUAUCUCAGGGUUGACUGAAAAUAAAGGGGGACAACUAAGGUUAUCUCCCUUAGCUAGCUCAAGUUAUUUUUACUACUACUGCUUGCUAUAUUUUAAACUAUCAUAUAAAACUUGUGGUAAAGUUGAUCUUACCUAGUUUAAACAGGUGGAUGUAUAUAUAUAUAUAUAUAUAUAUAUAUAUAUAUAUAUAUAUAUAUAUAUAUAUAUAUAUAUAUAUAUAUAUAUAUAUAUAUAUAUAUAUAUAUAUAUAUAUAUAUAUAUAUAUAUAUAUAUAUAUAUAUAUAAAGUAAUUUAUGUAUACACAUACACCACACUCAUUUAAAUGAAUAAAUUGUUAGUAAGGCUCUAUUCAUAUCUUAAUCUGCUAUAUUUAAUUUCUUCUAUGUUUGGUCCAUGUUGUGUUUUGAAAACUUAUCAUUGGUACAAAAGGAAAGAAAAUAGUAUUGGUUAAGUAAAAGUAAUUUUUGUGAUAACUGUAUAUUUGAAGUGCAUUUGUUUCACUAUGUGGCUGUACUUAAAGAUUGCUUAUCAUGGUAGUUAAAAUUAUCACUUCUAGUUUAAGUAUUUGAUGUUUUAUCUUAUUUGUAGUCGGACUUAUACAUAUUUGAUGUAAUUGGAUACAUUUGUCUAAGCUACUGUUUUGUUUUUACAGCUAGAGUUCUAUAGAUAAUUGUAUCUUAUUGCUAAGAUCAUUCAUAUUGAAGUACAUGUGCAAUAAAACGUCCCUUAUUUCCA